CAGUGGUUCUCUCUGUAUUGUGCUCUCUGACCCCGGUGGCAGUCCUCUCACAGCACCGCUCUCACGGGCUUCCCCUCCUCUUCCCACGUCGAGGCUUCUAUACGCUCGUUGCCUGUCUAGUCUGUCGCAUUUCCUCAAGAGCCAGUAGCAGAGGGUCUCCCAGGGUCGAAGGUUCUGCCCUGCUAUCCACGACCUCCACCUCUUAAGACCUCGAAAUUGUUUGCUUUAUCUUUGAGACCGCGUUUUUGACAACAUAGAGUGCUAACCCGGAGCACGUAUCCGCCGGAGAAAGGGAACUCGCCACCCGUUUGGCAAGAAAAUCGCUGGGAAAAAAUAACGAGGCACAAAGCGUCGUCUGGAGGGCUGGUGGGUCUGAGUUCGUAAGCGAGGCCGUUCUGGAUGAUGCCUGCUCCCUAUUAUGGUCCUGGAUCCUGGUAAACUAGCUGCCCAUGUCCCUAGCAACGGGGCCAUGGCUCACAGAAACCCCCUUUCUCAGGGCAAGGUGACCAUCGCUGUGGACGAGUACAGCUCUAAUCCCACGCAGGCCUUCACCCACUACAACAUCAACGAGAGCAGAUUCCAACCGCCAAAUGUGCACAUGGUGGAACCUAUUCCCUAUGACGCCCCUAAACCAGCCGGUCACACACGUUUCGUCUGUGUGUCAGACACACACUCCAGGACAGAUGGGAUUCAGAUGCCAUACGGGGACAUCCUGCUCCAUACUGGAGACUUUACUGAACUGGGACUGCCCUCUGAAGUCAAGAAAUUCAACGACUGGCUGGGGAGUCUACCGUAUGAAUUCAAAGUGGUGAUUGCGGGGAACCAUGAACUAACGUUUGACAAGGACUUCAUGGCUGAGCUUGUCAAGCAGGAUUACUACCGCUUUCCCUCGGUCUCCAAGCUGAGACCGGAAGACUUUGACGAUGUUCGGUCCCUCCUAUCGAACUGUACGUACCUGCAGGACUCCGAGGUUACGGUCAAGGGAUUCCGAAUAUAUGGGGCGCCGUGGACACCGUGGUUUAAUGGCUGGGGUUUUAACCUUCCCCGUGGGCAAUCUCUUCUGGACAAGUGGAAUCGGGUUCCAGAGGGCAUAGAUGUUCUCAUGACCCACGGACCUCCGCUGGGUUUUCGGGACUGGGUCCCCAAGGAGCUCCAAAGAGUGGGCUGUGUGGAGCUGUUGAACACAGUACAGCAGAGGGUCCGACCCAAGCUCCACGCGUUCGGGGGUAUCCAUGAGGGGUACGGCAUUAUGACAGAUGGGUGCACAACCUUUAUCAACUCUUCCACCUGCACAGCCAGUUUCCAGCCCACCAACCCCCCCAUUGUAUUUGACCUGCCCAACCCAUAGAGCACCGCGAAAUAAACCCGUUUUCUUCUUUUUUUUUAUCAAGUUGAUCUGAAUGUUAAAGUUCAAGAUUUGUCUUUUGUAACCUGCUUGUAAAAAUGCAUGAAAAUCAGAUUCUGGUAAUUAAUUAUCAUUUUACGGUAUUCUGUCUUUUGCAGUGUUUGCUGCAAUGGCUGGUUCAUGUGCCAUUGUAUUUGUUUGUUUCAUCUCAAGACGUGUACACAGCCUGACAAUAAUGGUACUUUACAUCAGCAAUACUUGACCUCGUCAUAAUAAUUGAACAUGCAUUUGGCAUUCUUUGUAUUGAUGAAACUUUGUAGCAUUUGAAAUGAAAUUUGUCAAAUUGUUCCAUACCCAGUACACUGUAGACCCUUGGGAUCUAAAAACCUGUUUUGUUUUUCUUCCUAGUCUAGGCUUGUGGUACUGUUCGUUCUCAUGUUGGGUUUUGAUUAAUCAGCUGUAAAGAACUUUUACCUUUAAAUUGCAUUGAAAACAAAAUGUAUAUUGUCAAAUGUCAGAAUCUUCCAAGAAGUACAUGUUGGUGUUUAUGUAAGGUUAUUGAAUUCAUAUAGGCCCACCCAAGCCUUUUAACAGUUUAUGUUAAUAGCAUAUGUGAAUCAGGCAUUUAUCUCAUAUUUUAUAUCGAUAUCCAACCAACAGCAGUAUAAUUUAUAUUUCACAACUGCCUGAGCAAGGUUGAGAUGCCCCUUGAAGUAUGUUAAAAGAAUCUUGCAAAUUGUAUUUUUGUUUGUAUUUUCUCUUUUUUUGCACUGUGUGAAAAGGCAAUCUUGCUAGCACAAAAAAAGUUGCCAACGGUACUCUGUCAUUGUAAAUGCCAGUUUAGGUUCCUUGUUUCUGAAAUCUUUUUUUUAUUGUAUUUCUUUUUUUUUUAACGUAUUUUACAUUUAGUUGCCUUUAUAUGCAAAUACAAUUGCAAGAUUUUUUACUGUUGUAUUGCUAUACAUUUGAUAUGAAUAAUUCUGUCUGUCCUUCUUGCCUACUUACAUCUGUUUGGGAAAUACUGUUGGAUCAUUAAGACAUUGGGUUUACUUAUACUGUGGAAGGAAACAUGCACGUUAAAGGUAAAGCUUCUCCCUGCCUCGGUUAAAUGUGAAGCUGUAUGUGUCUGUGCUACCUGUCCUCCCUGGGCCAGACUGAUUAGGUCUAUUAAUUAUCCCCACACUGACAGCAUCAUGGAUUAAUAGGUGCUGUUGACAAGGAUUGCUUUGGCCCUGUGCUGUCCUGACAGCUACUAUUGACUGGGGAGAUUUGUCAUGGCGGCCUUGACCCCGAUGGCUGUCAGUAGGAACAUUGCUGGGAAGGAAGGCUGAGUCCCUCAGUGGUAUUUUUUUUUUUUUUAAAACCUUUUUCCCCCCCAGCUACAAGGCCGAGUAAACAACUGUCAGAGAAACCACGCCAGGAGGGGCCGCCGGUGGUUUUCAGUUGAUCGUCCUGUUGACUCUGACCGCCGGCUCAUUUUCAUUUCCAGACUCUUCUUAUGCAUUGAAAUUCACUUCGUGCUGUGAGUGAUCGUUAAUACAUCUUGGCCUAUUUGGUAGGUUUCUUCAUAAAAUGUGGCUCAGCAGAAACACGCUACUGCGGACAACAUUAUUACACUGUUCUUCCAUAACAUUCCCUAAAGUACGUCCGUUACAGUAUCUGUUUUUUCUCUUCCGUGUUCUUUAUGUCACAUGGAAUUAUUUUCCAUUUAACAAAAACACUCCAGGAUUAACUUUCCACUCAUCACUGCAUUUUUUUUUUCUU